GCGUGGCGUCUGACGUCGACACAUACGGAAGCCGAAUACGGACACGUGGGGUAGCGCUUCCACCCGAAAAGGGGCCGUGUUAUGUUGCGUUUUGUGGAGGUUGUCAAUAAUAUUUCACUAAAACAUUUUUAAUGCUUUGUACAUAUCUGUGAGAAGCAGUGCAAUGACCUGCGCAAAUCCUAUUACUGAGGACCAGCAUUUAAGAGACAGACUUUUACAGACGUCAGACCGGCUCUAAUAAAAAGGUACCCCCGGGGAGAGACAGUGAAGGGACAGGGAUUUAAGAAUGGCUUUGGAGGAGCUGAAGGUCAUCAUCGAGAGAUGUAGGGCGGUCGAGAACGACAGCUUCAGCUCGGACGACUAUGAGCUGCUGGUGAGCGCAGGCCGGGCGUGCAUCGAGCAAGGGGACGGCGCACGGCUGGAGGAUAUAGUGAAGGAUGAGAAGAACCAGGGCAUCUUCAGGUGCAUGGGCUGGAAUCUCCUGGGCCCACUGGUGCAGGUGCUUCUCAGAAAAGAGGAGGAGAGUCUUCCUCACUGCCUGGCAAUCCUCACGCACAUGCUGGAGGUCUGCAGUCCCAAAGAACUGCUGAUUGGUUUGCUGGAGCAGGUGGAAGAUGCCCAUCCGGAAGCCAUAGCGGAGACCAUUCUCCUCCUCCUUCAGCCGUUACAGAAAGUGCUGCUGAAGCUGGGCACGAAGAAGGCAUCCUCGGUGGGAAUGGCCCUGGCCACACUCCUCAACCAGGUGGCCCGGCUGCCUGUGCCCUACACCAGGGAGCAGGAGGAGGACGACACCUUUGGCCUCUGUCGCUGCUGCGCCGCCCUGCUGGUCUUCGUGCAGCCUUUCGUGGACGAGGUCAGCCGGGGCCUGGAGACUAAGGCUGCCCAGCAGGACGAGCUGAAGACCGAACUACUGAAAUUCUGCAUGAAAUGCUUGAAGGAGCCUCUUCUGAAUGCUCAGCUGAAAGAAGGCACGGACUCGUCUGAGAGCUCCCCCCUCAGGAAGUUUGCCAUUGAGAUUCUGGGUGUCCUGUGCCGCAUCGGAGAGUCCAUCCCCGAGCUCCUCUUUCACCACCUGCUGAAGAGGAAGGAGCCAGGUUUUCUGGAGGAAGAUGCCCGUUACCCAGUGGAGUCCCUCGCUUGCCUGGCCUACCUGCUCUUCGUCCAUCACAUGGCCACGGACAUGUUCCCCGCAGUCUUCAGCCCUGUGUUUGUCCUGCGCUUUAACAUGGAGUACAUCAAUACCCUGCUGACCAGGAAAGAGGAGUCACGAUUACAGAAAGGACUGGAUUUAUAUGAGAAAACACUGACGCGGGUGGAAGAUGACAGCUUACCUGUGACGCUGCUGGAUCUGAAAACCUUCUUCAGCGUUCCUCAGAACCUGGUAAAGGUGAUGACCCAGUGUCCAGUGCAGCAUCUGAGAACCAAAGGCCUGUCUGUGUUCCAGCUCAGCAUUGAUAAGUUCGACCUGGAGGCCAAGCACAAGUUCUUUAGGUGUAUGCUGAAGACCAGCCACCAUGCCGGUGUUGAGGGCUACGUGAUUAAGAACAUUAAAAACCAAAUCGACUUUGGCCUCAAGCCCGGUAACGGAAACCCCUGGUUCGUUGGCUCGCACCUGUUGCCUCUGCUCCGCCUGGUCCUCUGUCUCCCCCAAGGCCCAGAGACGGACCUGCUACAGAAUAUGGACAGAAUCAUGGAGUCCCUGAACCUGUUACGGUACCUGCUGCUCCGGGACAAGGAGUAUGAGAAUGAGACAGGGAUCUGGACAGAGCUCUACAAGAUUGAGGACGGUUACAUGAAGCCUCUGCGUGUCGCCCUCAACAUGUCGAGGGCCCAUUACCAGAUGGAGCUCAAGAGCAUCAGAGACAGCCAGCGGCUCAAAGCUCGAGAGGCCAAGGCCAGCCCGCCCGUCUGCACUGUGACGGUGGACAGCCAGCAGCUACCCAACAUGACCCCGGAGAUGCAGCUUCAGGUGCUGCAGUCUGGCCUCCACACGUUUGACUUGAUUGAGAGCAUCCUGGUGCGCAUCGAGGAGAUCGUUGAGGAGCGUUCCUGACUUGCCCUGUUCCUCACACUCGUUUUCUACUAAUUUUGCUUUGAUGGUUUCCUCCUUGCUGUAGUGAUUAUGUAUGAGUGAUUGCUUCUUAUUUAUGGAAUAGCAUCUUUAUUAUAAUUGCUACACAUUUCCUCAUGUUUGCACGCAAAGUGCUUAGAUGCCAAGAAAUGUCAGUUUUUAUAAAACACCUCAUUUUAAAAUAAAAUCCAGCCUUUUCUAACUGUAA